GCUCCCUCAAAACCCUACACCCUUACCUUCCAUGUCUCUCGCCCCAAAGCUCCUAUAAAGACCACCUGCUGCCUCUUCAGGUCACUGAAACCCCAGCAAUCGAUCGAUCUUCCAUCGAUGGCGACCGGGGCUGGUUCGCCAUGCGGCGCCUGCAAGUUCCUGCGCAGGAAGUGCACGUCGGACUGCAUCUUCGCGCCCUACUUCGGCUCCGACCAGUCACCGGCCCAGUUCGCUGCCAUCCACAGGGUCUUUGGCGCCAGCAACGUGUCCAAGCUCUUGGCGCAGGUUCCGGUCCACGAUCGGUGCGAGGCUGUCGCCACGAUCGCCUACGAGGCUCAAGCGCGGAUCAAGGACCCUGUGUACGGCUGUGUCGGCCACAUCUUUGCUCUCCAGCAGCAGGUAGCGGUACUGCAAGCGCAGGUGAUGCAGGUGAAGGCACAGUUGGCUUACAGAGCGGCACUGUCGAGAGUUUUGGAGGAUCAACAGUGUCAAGAGAACUUCAGUGUCUUUCUGCAGUCUGAUUCGGAGUACGGCGCCGAUGGAGUGCUUCUCAUGCAACAGAUGGGCUGCAGGGAGGAUGUCUCCGCCCAAGAGUUCUGCAGGAAGAGGACACCUCACCAUGAGUUUGGGGAGCUGCAAGCUAUGGCUCAGAGGAUGAUGAGGAGCUAAUCCUCUUCUUUCUUGAUGUUGUAAAUGCCACACUUGAAUAGAAUAGCUUGGAACCUGACAUGAUCAGAAAAACUGGGUAAUAAAAUUGAGUGUUUGAUGCAGUUGAAUUGUUUGAA